GUGGAACUGUGGGGUGGGUGAUCCCACCAUACGGCAGUUGGAACGCGCCCAUCGGCAAGGCGCUGAUGUCGGGCUCGCAGGAGACGGCAGAUCCUGCGAGGCCAUGCAGAGGGGUGCCGGAUUGCCCCGAGACCGACGACGAGGCAGAGCCGCCCACGCUGCCGCACGGCCGCGGCGGAACGCCCACAUAUCGCCAGCAGGAGGCCACCGUCGCACAGGCGCAGACGCAGGUGGAGACCGCCUCGCAGGAGCGGAUGGUCGUGGAGGCCGCAUCGCAGACGCAGAUGGUCGUGGAGGCCGCCUCGCAGAUGCAGAUGGUCGCGGAGGCCGCAUCGCAGACGCAGGGUGUCGCGCAGGCCGCCUCGCAGAUGCAGAUGGUCGUGGAGGCCGCCUCGCAGAAGCAGAUGGCUGCCUCGCAGGAGCCGAUGGACGCGGACGCCGCCCCGCAGAUCAACUCGCAGGUUGACGCGACCAGCGACGACGAGCCGCUGAUGACCUCGCCGAAGAAGCAGGAGGUCCCGCUGAACGUCUGCAGGAGGGUGUCCGCCGCCCCGAUCGCGAUUGCCGACCCACCGCCCAUGGGCCAGGUCGAGAACGGCAACGCCGGCGGCGGCAAUCAGCAAGUGGGUGGAGUCAUCGGUGCAGGUCCAGAGCGCGGCGUGACAGGCCGCGAGCAUGACGUGUGGCACGAUGGCGCGCCAGACCACGGUGGUUCUGCGCAGCCUCCGUGUCCGCCGUCGCCCUUGUCGGCGGCCAUCGGCGAAUCGAUCGUGGCAGAGACUCGGAGGAAGGAGGCAGCCCGCAAGGAGGACGACGAUCUACGGGAUGGCAUUGCGCUGAGCCGCGCGGGUGCCGAUCGCAAGGGCGUCGCUGCCGAGGGGCAC